AUGGGGCCCAUCUACAUACGGUACCACAGAAAAAAAAACGUGACAAGUCGUUUGGAGAAGACAAAAAAAACAAUGUGCGUGCCCCACCUCGUUAAUCUCUACCCGCCGUACCUCCUGACCAUCUUCAACUGGCGAGUGUUUUCUCCAAAGCCUAUCCCGCCACUGGUAACCCAAGACCAUCGACGACGACCUCCAAGCUUCAACAGAUUGAAGAUGAAAGAAGUAUCUGCUCCAAUCUCCGACCUCAGUUCGUCAAUGGAAAUCAAAACCACAGCAUCACUGGCCAUCCCGGUCACCACCGGCCAGUUUCAAUCGACGACCCACCAUUAA